AGCUAUGCAACUGUGUGAUCAUGGCGGAUCCGGGAGGAGAGUCACUGGAGUCAUGGCUAAACAAAGCCACCAAUCCUUCCAACAGACAGGAGGAGUGGGAGUACAUCAUUGGGUUCUGCGACCAAAUCAAUAAAGAACUUGAGGGCCCACAGAUCUCGGUCAGAUUAUUAGCACAUAAAAUCCAGUCGCCUCAAGACUGGGAAUCAUUACAAGCACUAACUGUUUUAGAAGCUUGCAUGAAGAACUGUGGGAGAAGAUUUUAUAACGAAGUUGGAAAAUUUAGAUUUUUAAAUUAACUCAUCAAAGUAGUUUCACCAAAGUAUUUGGGAGACAGAGUAUCUGAACGAGUGAAGACUAAAGUAAUAGAGUUGCUUUACAGCUGGUCAGUUGCGUUACCCGAUGAGGCAAAGAUCAUAGAGGCCUAUCAAAUGCUAAAGAAGCAAGGCAUUGUAGCACAAGACCCAGUGAUUCCUGUGGACAAGACCCUCAUUCCCUCGCCAAAGCCCAAGAAUCCAGUGUUUGACAAUAAGGAAAAGACUAAGCGUCUUGCAGAACUUCUUAAAAGUAAAAAGCCAGAGGAUCUUCAAGAAGCCAACCGCAUUAUCAAAAACAUGGUCAAAGAGGAUGUGGUUCUACAGCAGAAAGUUUCCCAUCGUGUCAGCAUCCUAGAGGAGGUGAACAACAGUGUAAAGCUCCCUAAUGAAAUGCUAAGUCAUUUCAAAAGAGAUGAGUCAACGCAAGAAGACAAAGAACUUCUAAAGGAUCUGUAUAAUGACUGUGACAAACUUAGAACUGCUGUCUUCAGACUUGCCACUGAGACAGAUGAUGAUGACAGUGCCUUAGGUGAUAUUUUGCACGCUAGUGAUGAUCUCUCACGAGUCAUCAACUCCUAUAAAAAGAUUGUUGAAGGACAGACCAUUAUGAUUGACUUGCCAGGAUCAACCGCUUCAGAACUUGGAGCUCAGCCUUCCUCUUCCAACACGUCCUAUGGGUCAAGUUUCCAGAUCAGUCCUCCACCAAGCCAGCUUCCCAGCAGUUUUUCUCUUCUAGAUGACAAACUUGGUUCAUUAGACCUUACUAAUCUGGACUCAAACUCAAGCAAGUCAGCAGAAAGGAAUACAAAAGAAGCUCCAAGCAAUCAGUGGAUUUCUUCACAAAGCUUUGCGCCAGACAGCCCUCUCUUCAGAUCCCUCUCUCCAACCUGGCCCACCAGUCAGUCACCCUCAGGCUCGGAUAUCUCCCUGACCAGUGUCUUUGUCCAACUGGAGGCCAUUAAACCAAGUAAGGAGGGUCCAGUGACAGCCUACGAUAAGGAUGGUGUUCACGUGUUGCACUUUGCUACUGACCACCCGCUUGGUCGCCCUGAUGUUCUGGUGAUUGUGGUGUCAAUGCUGAACACAGCACCUCUGUUGGUGAGGAACAUAGUGCUUCAGGCUGCUGUGCCAAAGUCUAUGAGAGUGAAGCUGCAGCCCCCUUCUGGAACAGAAAUGACCCCUUUUAACCCCUUCAUGCCCCCCAGUUCCAUCACUCAGAUCAUGCUGCUGGCUAACCCACUGAAGGAGAAAGUGAGAAUGAGGUACAAGUUGACAUUCAUCCUUGGAGAUCGACAGGUCACAGAGUCUGGAGAGAUAGACAAGUUCCCUCCAGUGGAAAGAUGGGGUCAUUUAUAGCUGUGUAAGUGUUAAUACUCAUGAAGACAAAUAAAAAAAACACUGUGUACGUGCAUGGAUGAGCCGUCAGCAGUGUCACAAAGAGAUUUUAUGUCCAGGACUUUACCUUUGACACGCUGGGUGAUAAACCCAAUCUCUGAGUAAUCCCACAAAUGUCUUGAUGUAUUGGUCUUGGUCAUUAGGUGCUGUCGUUAUUAAUAUAAAUAUGUUGCCUAUGAGUGUUUGAGUCAUAAUUUAAUUGUUAGCCACCACUAAACUAUUCAACUCAUACCUCACCCUGAAUGCAGUGGAGGGUUAAUGUGAUAGCACUGGACAUGUUACAUCUUUUCUUUCAAUCCGUUUUCCCUUGAUGUGAUGCAUCAGUUGUGUUUUUGUGCUUUGUGAAUUCUAUGGAUGUAUUUCAUUACUAUUUAUCAGAUUUGUGGUGUUUGACAUGGCUGGCCUCAAUGGUUUAAAGCCAAAUUUAAUUUGGUUUACAUCAGAUAACAUUAAGUCACACAAAAUGGUGCAACGCAUACUUUGAAUUCUGUGUUUUUGGAUGUAUGCAAAGUAUCGGUUUCACUUUAUUUCCUUUUUUACACAUCUGGAAGGAAUCACUUAUAUACAGUGUUUUUCUGAUUUCUGUCUUUUUGUAUAUAAUUGGACAGGAAGUUGUUUUGAUGUUUUAAAAAGACAAACUUUACAUUUUGGGGUUAUUGAAGAUGCCAUUAUUUAUAUUAUAAACUUUGACUGUUAAAAGUUGUGUUUGCAGUGUGGUCUUAUGGAAGGAAUGAAAGCCUUUUCCCCCUUCUCUUUAAUUUUUUUUAAAUGGCUUUUUUUUUUUUACGGCAGGUUGGAUGUGUCUAGUAGUGUAUUUUACUGAAUGAUUGUGUGUGUGUGUGUGUGUGAGAGAGAGAGAGAUGGGAAAAAAAUCAUAUAAAUAAAACUGACUUUCUGAAUUAUUUCUGAGAAGAGCUUCUUAAAUCUUCCGAUGAUGCUGUUCUUUUUAGAUUUUAAAGGAAAAUCUUCAAUUGAAUGCAAU